CUUCCGCUAACCGAAAACAUUUUCAUGAGAUUUUAAAAAUCAGACUUCCGUAAAAAUCUCGUGGUUUAAUUUAUAUAAACAUGGCUGCUAAAGUAUUCUUGUGUAGCACUUGCAAAAAUUUUAGAAUUUUAUCUCAGAAAAAUAUAAAACUCUUGCAUCAAUCAGCGGUAUAUAACUACAGUGUACUUCCAUCACCAUCAAAUAAUGUUAAAGAAUAUCCAGAGCACAUUGUAAACAUUGUCCAAUCCAUUUCAAAACUCACUUUGUUAGAAGUUUCACAUUUAAAUGCACUACUGAAGAAAGAGUUAAACAUCCAGGAUGCUCCAAUGUUACCAAUGACAGGAAUGCCAGUUGCUACACCUGCAGUAGUGGAAAGUGAACCACCAAAGGAAGAACAAACUGAAUUCUCUGUGAAGCUUUUAAAGUUUGAUGAAGCAUCUAAAGUCAAACUUAUUAAAGAAAUAAAAAAUAUAAUUCCAGAGAUGAAUCUUGUUAUGGCAAAAAAAUAUGUUGAAGGAGUUCCACAACUUGUGAAGGAAAAAUUAUCAAAGGCUGAUGCUGAAAAAAUGAAAGCUCAACUAGAAGCUGUUGGAGCUGUUGUAGAAAUUGACUAAUAUUUUGUAUUACUUAAACAUGAAGAAACCUGUGAUUGUGUUGGAGACUUUAUUUAUAGAUACAUUUUUUUAUUGUUUUUA